CACACACUCACUCUCUCUCUCGCUCUCUCUCUCACAGACACACACACACACACUCCGUGUCUCUCUCUCGGAGUGUUCGGGAAGGCUCGGAAUAACCGGAUUAUUAUCGGGAUGUGUUUAUGAAGCGGACUCUGCUAGGAAACGCGCGGGAGUUUCUGUGAUUUAAAUGUUAACGGACUGCAGCUCGUCAUGAGCGCGGCUGCGGAGCUCGAGGCCGUGUGUCAGAGGCUGGAGGAGAGCGUUCUGUCCGAGGAGAAGCGGCUGACGGUUCGAGGAUCUUCUCCAGAUGAACCUGCAGCUAGUUUACCGGCUCGUGUGCGAGAGAUCGUCUCCAGGAACCUGAGCGACAGCGCUGGAGGCAUGUCGUCGGGUCUGUCGCUUCAGGAGGAGAACCGGGUUCUACAGACGGAGCUGAGUCGUGUGGAGGAUCUUCUGGCUCACAGCCGAGCAGAACGAGAUGAGCUGGCCAUCAAAUACAGCGCCAUCAGCGAGAGAUUGGAGCAGGCGCUGCGUCUGGAGACGGGCGAGGAGGGACGGGACUCCCCAGAGUCUCGCAGUCUGGCGCAGCAGAACGUAGACCUGCGCAGACGUCUGGACGAGGAGCAGGCGGCGUAUAAACGCAAACUCACGGCGUAUCAGGAGGGGCAGCAGAGACAAGCGCAGCUGGUGCAGAAACUACAGGCCAAGGUUCUCCAGUACAAGAAGAAGUGUGCAGAUCUCGAACAGACGCUGCUGGAGAAAUCGACUGGUCAGUGUGACGGCAGCAGUAAAAUAAUCUUGUCGUUGGAGCAGGCGCUGCGUCUGGAGACGGGCGAGGAGGGACGGGACUCCCCAGAGUCUCGCAGUCUGGCGCAGCAGAACGUAGACCUGCGCAGACGUCUGGACGAGGAGCAGGCGGCGUAUAAACGCAAACUCACGGCGUAUCAGGAGGGGCAGCAGAGACAAGCGCAGCUGGUGCAGAAACUACAGGCCAAGGUUCUCCAGUACAAGAAGAAGUGUGCAGAUCUCGAACAGACGCUGCUGGAGAAAUCGACUGGUCAGUGUGACGGCAGCAGUAACGGUCACCGGCGGGACGAGGAUGAGCCGAGCAGUGAGCUGGAGAGCGCCCUCAUCCGGCUGGAGGAGGAACAGCAGAGGAGCAGCGGCCUGUCCGCCGUCAACGCCAUGCUGCGGGAGCAGCUGGAACAGGCCGGACUGGCCAAUGAGGCGCUCAGCCAGGACAUCCGCAGACUCACUGCUGAUUGGACCAAAGCCAGGGAGGAGCUGGAGCAGAGGGAGUCUGAUUGGAGGAGAGAGGAGGAGUCUUUCCACAGUUACUUCAGCAGCGAGCACAGCCGUGUGCUGGCGCUCUGGAGGCAGGUGGUGGGCUUCCGCAGACACGUGUGCGAGCUGAAGAGCGCCACCGAGAGGGACCUGUGCGAGGUGCGUAACGAGCUGGCGAGCGCGGCGCAGAGCAUGCAGCUGCAGUGCGUGCGCGUCUGCGCAGAUCUGCGCAGCCGUGAGGACGGUUCAACACUGCUGCUGGAGAGAGAGACGGCCCAGCGGCUGCAGCUGGAGCAGCAGCUCAGAGAGACGGUGACGGAGAUGAUGACGCUGCAGGCCAAGAGCGACUCGGAGAGAGCCGAGCUCAACAAACGGUCCGUUACUGCGCACAACUACAUGUUUACUAAAUUAACUAGUUGUCUGAAGGAACUGGUGUUCUCAGACAGUGGCGGUGUGGACGGAAACACUGAAGAGUCUUUGCUGCCGCUGCUGCGCUCCUCUUCAUCAUCAUCAUCAUCAUCAUCAGCCAUCAUCCCUGACAGCUGUCUGUCUGCACUGCGCGCCGCUCUGACCAGCAGACAGAUCCAACUACAGGAGCUGCGAGAGCGUCUGCAGUCUGCGCAGUCUUCAGUGCAGCAGCUGCGCAGGCAGCAGGGGGAGGCGGAGUCAGGCCGACGGGAGGCGGAGCUCCGUGUGCAGACGCUGCAGGCGGAGCUGAAGCGUUUGCGCACUGAAAGAGAGACGGUUCUGUCUCAGAGCGAGAAAGAGAAAGACGUGCUGAGAGACACCCUCAUGGCCGCUCAACAGGAAGCGCAGCGAGCUCUGCAUACAGCCCUGUCCGACCACCAGGAGGAGCUGGAGAGACUGACCAAUCAGAAGGAGGCGCUGCGCUGCAGUCUGGAGGCGGAGCAGGAGGUGGCGCUGCGGCGUGUCCGUGAACACCUGGAGGAGCAGAUGAUCCGGCAGGAGAGAGAGCGAGAUGAGCUUCAGGAAGAGCUGCGUUCCCUGCAGCGCGACAGGGACCAGAGUCUGCUACAGGCCGAGACGGACAAACAGCAGGCGCUGUCUGUGAAGGAGGCGGAGAAGACGGUUCUGUGGGAGAAGGUGAGCUCCCUACAGGCGGAGCUGAGCACUGCAGCGCUGGAGCUGGAGAGACUGAGCCGAGAGACGGUGCUCCUCAGAGACCAGGAGCGGAAUGCCGUUGCGGCUCUAAACGCAGAACUGCAGGAACUGCGCAGUCAGCUGCAGGACGCAGCCAGUGCACACAGGCGUGAGCUGCGCAGGCUGCAGGAGAACUGCGCCGAGCAGCAGACGCAAGCAGAUACGGCGCUCAGAGAGUUGGAGGAGUGUCGCGCGCUGCUGUCGUCUAGCGAGGAGAGCCGUGACGGUGCCAGACGAGAGCUGCUGGAGAUGGAGAAACGCUUGUGCCAGAUACGGGACGCGGGGGAGGGGCACAGGCGAGAGGGGGCGGAGCUACGGCACUCCCUCAGUGAUGUCACGAAGGAGAGGGACACACUCAGCCAAUCAAACGUGCAGCUGAGGGAAACGCUGAGAGCGUCAGAGAGCGAGAGAAUCAGCGUGAAGCGAGUGUGUGAGGAGAAGGAGCAGAGAGUGUCUCUGCUGGAGGAGAGUCUGGCGUCUGCGCAGAAGGAGGUGUCUGAUCUGCGCAGCUGUCUGCGCGAGGUGGAGAGGUCCAGACUGGAGGCGCGCAGGGAGCUGCAGGAGCUGCGCAGACAGGUGAAGCUUCUGGACGUGGAGCGCGAGCAGAAGAGCAAGCAGCUGGCCGAGAUGCAGACGCGUCUGUCACUGGAGGAGCACAAAGACGAGGAGCGAGCCAGAGAACUGAUCUCGCUCAAACAGAGACUCGCCGACACAGAAACUACCAGAAACUCUCUUCAGAAAGAGCUGUCUUCUCUACAGCGGCGUCUGGGCGAGAGCGAGUCGUGUUGGCGCAGUCGCGAGCGAGAGUUGGCGUGUCAGCUGCAGGAGGCUCGCGGCUGUGAGAAGAAGCUUCAGGACGAGGCGCGUAACCUCUCGGUGCGCGCUCAUUCGGCCUGCGAGGCGUCUGCGCAGACGCAGCUGCAGCUGAGCGAGGCGCAGGGCCGUCUGGCUGCGACGGAGGUGGAGCUGUCGCGAGCGGAGGCGGCACGCAGGGAUCUGGAGUUCAGGCUGUGCAGUCUGCAGUCGGCGCUCACGCGCACGCUGGGCAUCGGGGCCAGUGGGCGGAGCAGCAGCAGGGGGCGGAGCCCGGCAGGCUCCUCCCCUUCCUCUCUGACCUCCGGGAUGAUGUCUCGCCAUCGGAGCGUGUCUCCGCUGCACUGCUCGCUAUCGCCACCCAAAGACGUGGCAGGUAACGUGACUCCUGAUAACACAAUGGUGUUGCGGCCGUUGUCUCCCGAGAGGACAGACGCCCCGCUGCCCGUCGCCCUGAAGGAGCUGGACCCGGAAACCCUGCGCAGCGGCCUCCGAGACUUCCUGCAGGAGCUGCGCGAGGCUCAGAGAGAACGAGAUGAGGCGCGGGGUCAGCUGGGGUCACUGCAGAGGGAGCUGGAGGAAGUGGCGGGAGAGAGAGACUCCGCCCACCAGCGCCUCAUUCAGCUACACAGCACACUACAGGAGUGCCAAGAGGAUAAGCGUGCGGUGGAUGAGAAGCUGUCGGCGACUCAAGGUCUGCUGCAGCAGCAGGAAGAGUCCUUGCGGAGAGCAGAACGAGACCGCCGAGCGCUAAUCGAGCGAAUCAAAGAGCUGGAGAGACUUUCGCUGAACACCGAGACCGAGCGCAAGCGUGUGGAGGAGCAGUGCAGUAAGCUGCGUGCCGGCGAGGCGCGUCUGGAGGCGGAGCGUCGGCGGCUGCGUGAGGCUCUGGAGGCGGCUGAGGGGCGGGGCACACGGGUGGAGCUGGGGAGGCGGAGUCUGGAGGGAGAGCUGCAGAGACUAAGACUGAGUCUGACCGAGAGAGAGAUGGAGAUCCAGACGACUCACGACCGGCACGACAGCGCCAGCAAACAGAUGGCAGAGGGUGAAGCUCGCCUCGCGUCUCUUCAGCGUGAAGUGGAGCGACUGACGGCGCUGCUGUCUAAAGCUCAGGAUGGAGAGAGCGUUCAGAAAGAGCGAGCGCUUGCUCUCUCCCAGAGCCUGCAGGAAGCCAGCGCCACCCACAGCGCCACCCAGGGGCGUCUCGCCGCGCUGCAGAAAACACUGGGACAGACCGAGACCGAGCGCAGACAGCUGCAGGAGCGUGUGGAUGGACUCAGAGCGUCCGUGACGGAGGGGAAGCGUAAUAUCGCAGUGCUCACGGAGCGUGUGCAGACACUGCAGUCAGAGCUGACCCAGAGUCAGCUGCGCAGAUCUGAGCUGGAGACAGAGCUGCACAACACACAGGAGGCUCUGCGACUGAAGUCCGACAGUCUGUCCGAAGCCCAGUGCAGUCUACAGUCUGCGCAGACAGACAGAGCGUCUGCAGAGGAGCGUCUGCGCAGCCUACAGAGAGCCGUGGCCCUACUGGAGACCGAGAAGAGGGAUACAGAGAGACAGGCCGUCCGGCUGGAGAAGGACAAGGCCGCGCUGAGAAACACACUGGAUAAGGUGGAGCGUCAGAAGCUGAAGACGGAGGAGAGCAGCAUGCGUCUGUGCGCGGAGAAAGGCCGUCUGGAUCGCUCGCUCAACACCGUCGAACAGGAGCUGCAGGACGCGCAGAGACAGAUCGUGCUGCUGCAGGAAGAGUUGUGCGGCGUCAAACAGAAGAUUGCGUUGUGUCUGGCUCAGCUGGCGGAACUGGAGCAGAGUCCCAGCGCGAGCGAGCAGGCGGCCCAUCGGGAGGCUGAGAGACUGCGCGUCAGUCAGAGAGAGACGGAGCGAGCGCUGGCGGCCCGAGAGAGAGCGCACCGGCAGCGCGUCCGGGGUCUGGAGGAGCAGGUGUCCACACUGAAGGAGCAGCUCCAGCAGGAGAUCCGCCGCAGGACACCGGCACUGCCGUCUGCAGUCAGCUGAUCCACACAGUGCCACCUCUUUACACUGGGUUUUGUGUGCUAAAUGUGCACUUCUGUAUUAAUGCAAUACAGAAGGACUGAAUCUAUGGAAGCUUGUUUCUGCCACAGGAUUAAAAAAACAAAUCUCACAAUUCAGACUUUUUUC